AUGAACGAGGAUCUGGAGCAUCGACCAGCGAAGAGACAACGCUUUUUCGUCGACAGCUCCGUUUCCUCGCCAGAUUCGGUAGCGGGGAUUGGGCACGCGUCUCUGCCUCGACAUUGUCCUGGACUAGACGACCGCGAAACGGAGCAACAUGGCUCUACCAAUCUUCCAGAGACCCCUUCGAAGGGCAGUGCAGCUGCCUGUGGAUUGACAAGCCCGAUUGAUGGGCUAUCAUCAGAAAGUCCUAGGGGUGACGCAACAGAGCAUCCAUUGACGGCGUCCCGGCUACAGAACGGAACGAUUCAGCCAGCUACCAGCCAAGCCGCCGUGCAUCCGACGACAAAAUCGCCCUUAUCGAACGGUUUCGAUGUCGAUCUUUUCACUAGUAUUAUAGGUGAAACCUUGCCUACGGAAUCGUUGCAACUCAUCCAGUCCGCGUCAUCCAACAACGUCGAGCGAGCGGUCAACAUAUUUUUCGACGGAUCAUGGAAGAAGCCAGCGAAAACGAACUUUGGCAGAGGGACUCCGACCAUACGGCAAGUCCUUCCAGCGUCGACCCCGAGUGCGAUAUCGAAUACCCUUUCGACAUCCAAAACCCAGGAGAACUCAGCCGAGCACGUAUCCGUUCUGCGAAAGCAACCGGCAGCGCGGUAUAUAGGAGCUUUUGGUGUCGGAGGAUGGGCCACGAGGAGUGGACUGGCUCUACUCAAACAUGGAGAUCCAGUCAAUAUUGAACGUGCCCGGUCUCAGCCGGUUGCCAAACGCGGCCGUGGUGGCAAGCUGUUCACAAACAACAGGGGGGAUGUUCUGACUCGGUUUACAAAUGCUUCUGGCCAGGAGAUUGGAAGACUUCCCCAUGAAACAGCCGAGUGGGUCUCAACCCUGAUUGAUCAAAAGAUGUGUCAGUUUGAGGGAGUCUGUGUGUUUAUCCCGGACAGAGUACGGGUGAACGAUACGAUCUACUUGCAGCUGAAAUGUUACCUGCGCAAGGAAGCGUUCCAGCGCGGUCCCUUCAUAGGAACUGUCGACGACAAUCGAUCCAUGGGCUUGUUCGAAGAGAAGGAAAGCGCUGAAGAAAAGAAUCUACGACUUCGACAAGUAGCUCUCGUUAAACUAUUCCAUGAAAUCAAUCUCCAGCCAACCUCCACCAACCCCACCACAGAGAAGCACAAGCGAGAUGGCUUACUCCGUGCGGCUGAAAUGGCGGAGCAAUACGACGGUGUCAAAAAGGAGAAUGAAAGAGUAAAAUCCAACAAAGAUCCCAACGACUCCUCUUCUGAAGAAGAUACUGCUGAAUUGGAAGAGGAUCAGCUCGAUACCUUGUACCGCAAGGCCCAGUCCUUCGACUUCAGUAUGUCAGUGGCUGAGCCUGCUGCGACUUUCAAAAUGAAUCUCCGCAAGUACCAAAAGCAGGCUUUAUUCUGGAUGCUCUCCAAAGAAAAGGACAAGAAGGAAGCUCGUGAGCGAUCCAUGCAUCCUUUGUGGGAAGAAUACACGUGGCCCACGAAGGAUGUUGAUGACAAAGAGUUGCCCUCUGUUGAGGGUAUAGAUCACUUCUAUGUCAACCCUUACUCCGGCGAUCUGAGUGUGGAUUUCCCUGCUCAAGAACAACACUGUCUUGGUGGCAUUCUCGCUGAUGAGAUGGGUCUCGGAAAGACUAUUGAAAUGCUCAGUCUCAUCCACUCCCACAAAUCUGAGCCUCCACCUGGAGCUUCCGACGGUAUGAACUCUGUGAACGACCUUGCGAGAGUCCCGACUUCAUACGCCGGCGUGGUUCCCGCACCCUAUACAACACUUGUGGUUGCGCCAACUUCGCUGUUGUCCCAAUGGGAGAGCGAGGCGUUGAAAGCUUCUGAGCCAGGCUCCAUGAGAACACUACUGUACUACGGAGCAGACAAAUCUGUCAACCUGCGCGAACUCUGCUGCGCGGCCAACUAUGCAAAUGCACCUCAUGUCAUUGUCACCAGCUACGGCGUUGUACUCUCAGAGUUCCGCCAAUUUGCGUCGCAGUCUUUAACAAUACCUGCUGCGCAUGGUGGUCUCUUCUCUGUUGAAUUCUUCCGUGUUAUCCUAGAUGAAGCCCACAUGAUCAAGAAUCGCCGGUCGAAGUCUGCUAGAGCAUGUUACGAGAUGCAGGCAAUACAUCGAUGGGUUCUCACAGGUACGCCGAUCGUCAAUCGCUUGGAGGACCUCUUCAGUCUGGUGCGCUUCCUAAAGGUGGAGCCAUGGAGCAACUUCUCCUUCUGGAAAACGUUCAUCACCGUACCUUUCGAGAACAAGGAAUUUGUCCGCGCCCUCAAUGUAGUCCAAAGUGUCUUGGAACCUCUUGUGCUUCGACGGACAAAAACGAUGAAAACACCGGAAGGCGAACCUCUGGUCCCAUUGCCAAAGCGUACAGUCACCAUUGAGGAGGUUGAGCUUUCAGAACAAGAACGCGAAAUCUAUGACUGCAUUUACACGCGAGCCAAGCGAACCUACAACGACAAUGUCGAAGCAGGUACUCUUCUCAAGUCGUACUCCACCAUCUUUGCUCAACUGCUCCGCCUUCGUCAGACCUGCUGUCAUCCAAUUCUCACACGCAACAAGGAUAUUGUUGCCGAUGAGGAAAUCGCUGCGGCAGCUCUGGAUGCUACCAAUGGUCUGACGGACGACAUGGACCUGCAAGAGCUUAUUAAUCGAUUUACAGCGUCGACGGAGAAUGCAGAAACCGAAGACCGGUCCAUCAAGUUCACGGCGCACGCCCUCCGGCAGAUUCAGACAGAGUCGAGCGGAGAGUGUCCUAUCUGCUGCGAAGAGCCGAUGAUCGAUCCCGCGGUAACAGCCUGCUGGCAUAGCGCCUGCAAGAAAUGUCUCGAGGAUUUCGUGCGCCAUCAGAUGAAUAAAGGUGUGAUGGCUCGCUGCUUCUCGUGCCGAGCAGAUGUAGAUGCGAGAGACAUCUUUGAAGUCGUGAAGCACCCGCUUUCUCAUUCCGCCACUCCCAUGGAGGACUUUGCUGGUAGCGACACUCCACUAGCAGGCUCACAGCCUGCUCCUCGUAUCUCUCUCCGCCGAAUUAAUCCCCUCUCCCCCUCGGCGCAUACAUCAGCAAAGAUCCACGCGCUGAUCAACCACCUCUCUCGCGUUCCACCAAACACCAAGUCUGUCGUGUUUUCGCAAUUUACCUCGUUUUUGGACCUCAUCGGCCCUCAGCUCUCCAAAAUGGGUAUCUCCCAUCUUCGCCUCGAUGGAUCCAUGCCUCAAAAGGCCCGUGCCGCGGUCCUUGCUGAAUUUACCAAGACCGAGGAGUACACGGACGAAAUUAUCGACACCGAGGACGAAACGCCGUCGCGGGCUGGCCCCUCAACUUCGAAAUCACGCAACUCCGAACCCAGUCCCAGUGUUCUCCUUAUCUCGCUUCGUGCUGGCGGUGUCGGUCUCAAUCUCACCGUCGCCAGCAACGUCUUCGUCAUGGAUCCCUGGUGGAGCUUUGCCAUUGAGGCACAAGCUAUUGACCGCGUCCACCGAAUGGGCCAAUUGCGUGACGUGUCCGUGACUCGGUUCAUUGUCAAGGACUCGAUCGAGGGUCGGAUGCUCCGUGUGCAAGAACGCAAAAUGAAUAUUGCUGGAUCGCUUGGCCUGCGUGUUGGUGGCGAUGAAGGGGACGAUGAUAAGAAGAAGGAUCGUAUUGAGGAGCUAAGACUGCUUUUCGAGUAA